CACCGUCACCAUCUCCAUCACCAGUUUGCAGCAGGACCCUGGGCUGGGUAUCUAGGCUCUUCCUUGGCUAUGGUCCUGCCUGUCUUCCAGUACCGGGGCCUUGCCUACUCCAGCUGCAGCCUGUGUCUUCUGAGGAGGUGUGGUCUCUCCAUGGUUAAUGAUUGCUCAGAGGAGGCGGAGAUGGUGCCAAAGUCUGCUGCCGUGUUCUGCCGGCCCCAGACGGUGCCCACCUGUGCCUGGUGCACAUCACUGCCUCUGUGCCCCUUCCAGGGGCUGUCCAGCUCAGCUGCCUUGGAGGCUCUUAGCCUGGGGUACCUUCAAGAUGGCUUGGCUGUGGCUCCUCUGUGCAAUACUUCCUGCCUUCAUGGUCUCUGUGACAGCCAAUGUACCACCAGUAUUUGGGAGCAAUAUGUCAGUAGUGACUCUGGCAGAGGACUUACCAGUGGGUGCUGUGGCCUUCUGGAUAGUGGCUACAGACCGUGAUAAUGACCAGCUGACCUACGGGAUUAGUGGCCCCAAUGCCUACUUCUUCUCUGUCACCACAAACACUGGGGAGGUGAAGCUGAACAGAUCUUUGGACUAUGAGACACUCAGUCACUUCCAGGUCAGCGUCUCCGUGAGUGACGGUCACUACCAUCCAGUGCAGAAGGACCUGCGCGUGAUUGUGCAGGACAGAAAUGACAACGCACCUGUUUUCCUGAACACGGAAUUCACCGCCACCAUCAGCGAGACCCUGCCGGUCGGCUCUGUGGUGUUCUCUGUGCUGGCUGAGGACAAGGACACCGGGACAGGCGGUGUAGUGCAGUACUUCAUAGAUAAUGUCAUCCCCAGCACAGACAACAGCAAGACUCUCUUCCACAUCCUGGAAAACGGCUCCAUCGUGUUAAACGGCAGUCUGAGCUAUAACAACAAGAGCGCCUUCUACCAGUUGCAGCUGAAGGCCUGUGACUCAGGAGGACUUUUAAAUAACAGCUACAUCAUCCAGUGCUCCCAGCCAGUCUUCCUGUCCAUCUCAGUGAUUGACAUGCCAGAUCUGGACCCCCAGUUUGUCAGGGAGUUUUACUCAGCCUCUGUGGCUGAGGACGCUGCUGUGGGAACCUCGGUGCUGAAGGUGGAGGCGGUGGAUGGCGACAAAGGCAUCAAUGACAAUGUGACCUACAGCAUCUCCAAUUCCACGAAGCCUACGUGGUUCAACAUUAUGGAAAAUGGAGUCAUCAUUGUCGACGCCCCUCUGGACAGAGAGCAGCUGCCUAAGGAUAAUGAGGAAGUACAGAUACAGGUCACGGCCACUGAGGAGAGUCUCAACAUCUACGGUCAGCAGGCCAAUGUGAGCAUAUGGGUCACAAUAAGGGUGACUGAUGUCAAUGACAACAAGCCAGAAUUCUACAACUGCACCCUCCCAGGAUGUUCCUUUAGCCCCCAAGAGGCCCAGGUCAACUUCACAGGCUAUGUGGAUGAGCAUGCUUCAGCCCGAAUCUCCAUUGACAACCUGACCAUGGUGGCCUAUGACCCAGAUCAGGGCGACAAUAGUAUCUUCCUGCUGGCCCUGGAUGGCCCAGAUGCUGCAGCCUUCAGUGUGUCCCCAGAGCGAGCGGCAGGGUCGGUCAAUGUGCAGGUGGUGGUGAGAAACUCAGAGACGGUGGACUAUGAGAAGGCAAAGGUGAUGUCAGUGCAGGUUGUGGCCACGGACUCAGUCAGCGGGAACAACUCUGUUGCCUUAGUGACUAUCCAUCUUAGAAACAUUAAUGACCACAGGCCCAUGUUCUCUCAGAGCUUGUAUGAACUCACUGUGCCAGAACACUGUCCAGCAGGUUAUCUGGUCACGGACAGCAUCCAUGCUACAGACCUAGAUGAGGGUGAAUGGGGUCGUAUCACCUAUAGUCUGCUUCCCGGAAAUGGAGAAGGCCUGUUUGAGGUGGAUCCAAACUCAGGGAACGUGACAGUGAAAAAUGGCACACUGCUGGACCGGGAGAAGCAGGCUAUGUACUACCUCACGCUGCAGGCCACUGACGGUGGGAACCAGUCGACCACCACUACACUGCAGAUCACUCUACAGGAUAUUAAUGACAACCCACCCGUGGUCCGAGGCUCCUACAACAUCUUUGUGCCAGAAGAGGAUGGCAAUGUCUCUGUGACCAUCCAGGCCCAUGAUGAUGACCAGCCAGAAACUAACAAUAGCCGCCUGCUCUUCAGCCUGCUGCCUGGGCCCUACAGCCAGAACUUCUCCUUAGACCCCGACACAGGGCUCCUCAGGAAUCUGAAACCCCUGGACCGAGAGGCCAUUGACCCUGCUCUAGAGGGCCGCAUCGUACUAACUGUGUGUGUGGCCGACUGCGGUGUGCCUUCCCUCAGCACUGAAGUCAAUGUCACCAUCACUGUGGAGGACAUCAAUGACAACCUGCCUGUAUUCAACCAGUCCUCCUACGAAUUCCAAGUGAAGGAGAUGGAUCCAGGAGCAUUGGUGGGCACAGUGAAGGCCUGGGAUGCUGACCAGACAGAAACCAACAACCGGAUCAGCUUCAGCCUGUCUGGGACUGGCGUCAACAACUUCAUGCUCCGAGGCGAUGUGCUGGACCAGGGGUGGGCAGAGGGUCACCUCUGGCUGCUCCCUGAUGUGAGCCUCGAUUAUGAGACCCAGAGGUUCCUCAAUCUGGUAGUGAGUGCUGAGAACCCAGGCCCCCAGGGCCUCAGCUCCACAGCAAACAUCACUGUGGUUGUGAUGGACGUGAAUGAUGAACCGCCUACACUAGAUGCAGACUCGCUCCAGCGCAUCUCUGUGGCCGAGAAUGGCUCCCAGCAAGGCCAGGUGGCUCAGGUGAUAGCCCACGACGUGGAUACUAAAGCCUUGCUGAAGAUAGAGCUAGUGAGCGUCAUCUGCACCAAGGAUGGUGUUGAUGUGGGCAGCGUGUGCCACGGCUGGUUCUCUGUGGUUGCCAACGGCUCUGUGUACAUCAAUCAGAGUGAGGCCAUCGACUAUGAGGCUUGUCACCUGGUCACUCUGGUGGUGCGGGCAGAAGACCUCACCACAGAUCCUGGCUUUGAGGCUUACAGCAGCAACGGAAACCUCCUCAUCAACAUUGAGGACAAGAAUGACAAUGCUCCGUAUUUUCUGCCUGACAACCAGACUUUUGUGAUCAUCCCAGAGCUUGUGUUGCCCCGCCAGCAGGUGGCCUCUGUCCGGGCCAGAGAUGAAGACUCAGGAAAAAAUGGGAACAUCAAAUUCUCCAUCCUGAAAGCAGAUUUUGUCUCCAACGAUGGGGCUAUCAACCCUGUUCAGGCCUUCCAGAUUACGUCCUCAAUGGAAGCUGACUUGUUCAUUGGCAGCAUCUAUCUGGUGACCAACCUUGAUUCCACUAUCCAAGGCACAUACCAGGUGACAGUCCAGGCCCAGGACCAGCCUGCUGCAGAUCCUGCACUGGAAGCACAGACCACCCUGAAUCUCUUCACUGUGGACCAGAGCUAUCGCGUCAGGCUGCAGUUCUCCACCGACAAAGUGGAUGUGGGUGCCAACGUGGAGGAGAUUAAGGCGGCUCUUAUCCAGGCGACCAGGACAUCUGUCUAUGUUGUGACGAUCCAGAACAUAGACUCUAUGGCUCGGGCCCAAGUCCACUCUUACAUGGAUGCCUACUUUGUCUUCUCCAAUGGGUCAGCCCUGACACUUAACGAACUGAAUAUGAUGAUCCGGAAAGACCAGGAUGCACUGAAGCAGCUGCUGCAACAAGGGCUGGUGGUGGUGAGCUCCCAGGAGAGCCAGGAGUCUGAUCAGCCGAAACUGCUCACCAGUGUCAUCAUAGGACUGGUAGUGGCUUUGGUGCUGGUCCUCGUGAUUAUGGCCACGGCCCUCCUGUGUGUGCGGAAGAGCUAUCACCGGAAGCUUCAAGCUAUGAAGGCUGGCAAGGAGGCCCGGAAGACACCAACAGAGGCAACAACUUCAACUGCUGCUAUCCCUGGAACUAACAUGUACAACACUGAGCGGGCCAACCCUGUACUGGACCUCUCCACCAAGGAUCUUGGAUUGGAGUACCUCUCCUCCAGUGACUUGGACUCUAACAGCCUCAAUUCCCUAGACGAAAACUCCGUGGACUUGGACAAGGACAGUAAGGAAUUGAAGAAGACGCUUCCACACAACCCGUCUGAACCGGACCCAGAGCCCCUGAGUGCAGUGCUCUCAGGAAGGCCGGCGGGCGGGAGCGGACAGCAGCUGUCCUUCACCAACCAUGGCCUGGACACCACAGAUCUGUGAUAGCGACC